GAGAGACAGCAUAGACGACGGAUGGGAGACAUCGUUGAGGCCUGCGACCCAAGCAGGCCGGUGGCAGUCUCCGAAGAGGUCCCUGCUGGCAGAGGCCUGGUGUUGACGAGGGACACGGACGCCGCCGCCCUCGUACUCGAUCUUGCGCCCUCCCUACUCAUCAACGCCCGCACAGCACAAAAGUGGCUCCACAGCGACCUCGUUCCGACCAGAGAUAGGCCGUCGCACGAGCGACAUCACUCAAGAGAGACACUUGGCCAGUCUCACGAGAUCCAGGAAACGCCGCUGCUGCUCCCCCUCACCUCGUACCAGCUCCUCGCGGCCCUAUUGGCCAAAUGGAAGGCUCGCCCUCCGACGGGAGACGGUCAAAUUGCCGCAUUUGUCGAUUCGCUCCCGAAAGCGUUUCCCACGUCGCCCUUGAUCUGGUCGUUAAGCGGGACGAAGACGAUCUCGGUCAUCGACCUUCUCCCCGAGCCCACUGCCGAGCUGUGUCGCCAGGUCCGGGCCAAGUUCGAUUGGGACUGGGCCGCAGUAAAGGCCGUUCAGGACCGACGGCCCGAGCUGCUCAGGCCCGCUCCUGGUGAAUCGCCAAUCGACUUGACCGCGUUUGCAUGGGCCUGGUGCUGCGUCAACUCGCGCUGCGUUUACCUGCCCCUGGGUCUCACUCCUCACAGCGACAACUUCACCCUGGCGCCCGUGCUCGACAUGUGCAACCACACCUGGCUCAAGGCUGACGAAUGCAAGGUCUCAUGGACUGCCGCCGGUGGCCUCCAGCUGCGCACUCCGUCAGUGACCGCGAGACCCGCAGGGCUGCGACGAGGCGACGAGCUCUUCAUCUCGUAUGGCGCCCAUAGCAACGGCACCUUGCUCUCCGAGUACGGCUUCGUGCUGGGCAGGAGCGGCAAGGCGUGGGAGACGGGCAAUCCCUAUGUCGAAGUCAGGCUCGACAAGUACAUCGAGGCCCUUCUCGACGCCUGGCCAGAGCGCGAGCGAGAGGACACGAAGCAGCUGCUUCAGGAGAAUGGCUACUGGAGAGACUACACGAUCCAUCCACACCCCGCACCGGCCCACCCUUCGCACAGGCUCGUCGUCGCGCUCCGCCUUUUGGCGCUCGAACAGGUGCCAGCUCGUGAACAAAGACCCGUGCAGCGGCAGCAGCACCAACACCCACCGCGGCGCGAGUCAAAACGACAAAGAGGGAAGAGGGCCUCGGGGUCACCACCACCGAACAACGCAGGCGAGGAGGACGACUCCGUCCAGAUGUGGCUCGAGAUGACGUGGGGCCAGCGGGACCUCGUGUCGCCCGACAACGAAGCGAGGGCGCAUGGCAUCCUCCGCAGCAUCGUCGACGAGGCUCACCGGGUCGCGAGGGAGAGACUGGACAAGGUUAUUGAUCUUGUCGCCCUUGCCGGCGAGGCUGAAGAGAAGGAGUCGCUCGGCCUCAUUCAGACAAUCUUGGAGGAAGAGGUGGAUACAUGCGACGCACUCCUCAGCCUCGACGCUUCUUCGGCAGCCUGGUGAACAAAAGAGAAAGAGAAAGAUGCUAUUGCUAGACAUUGUAGAGGUCUCAAUCUGUGAAUGGGGUGUCUGGUCUGUAUUUGUACAUCGCGCAAAUAGUCGUCAAUAAUCUGCAUCACUUGUCGCC